AUGGAAGGAAACGGCUGCGGCGGUGGUGGAAGCGGGCAGACACCUCGGGGUGUCGCUGGGAUGCACUGGGCUCCCGUCACCUCGGCGCCUUGCCCGCAGCCGUUCCUCCCGCCGCCGCCAUGCAGGCCCGACCAGAUGCAACAGCAAGGGCUGACCUGCCUCAAGCUAGGGAAGCGGCCGUGCUUCUGGGGCGGUAGCGGUACCAGCCAUGCGGCGCAGGGAAGCAGCGCCGGCGGAGGCGGGGGUGGCGGUGGUGGUGCGGAGGGGAAGAGGAAGGAGAAGGCGGCGACGGCGGCACCGGUGGUGCCUCGGUGCCAGGUGGAGGGAUGCGACGUCACGCUCACGGGCGUCAAGGAGUACCACCGGCGGCACAAGGUGUGCGAGGUGCACGCCAAGGCCCCGAGGGUCGUCGUGCACGGCAUCGAGCAGCGGUUCUGCCAGCAAUGCAGCCGGUUCCACGUGCUUGCGGAGUUUGACGACGCCAAGAAGAGCUGCCGGCGGCGGCUGGCCGGGCACAACGAGAGGCGGCGGAGGAGCAACGCCAGCGAGGCCAUGGCCAGGGGAUCUGCGCACCCACACGGUAUGCCGAUGCUGGGACACGGCUUCCCGCCGUACGGCCUGCCGACGUCCUCGGCUGGUGCUCUCUCUCUUCUGUCAGCGACCAGAGCCACCGGCCCCUGGCUGAUCCCGACGCCCGACAUCUCCGCCCGCUCCAGCGCCGCGCUCGACGAGCUCAUCGCCGAGAACCGCGCCGCGCUCCUCUCGUGGCAGUUCUUCUCCGACCGGCAGCCGCCGGCCGGGCGGCCAACGGGGCGCCCCCCGGCCGAAACGGUGGGUGGUUGGCACGCGCACCUGCACGCGCCACCGCCCGGCACGGGCGGGCAGCACGACCAGCAGUCCCCAGCCGCGGCUGGACACGUGACGCUCGACCUCAUGCAGGCCACCGCCGCGGCACCAGGCGCAGCUGGCGGCGCUCCGCUCCGGCCCGUGCCGGCGAGGCCGCCUGCCAAGGAGAACGGCGACCCCGGCUGCACCCCUGACGCGUGGACGUCGUCGCCCAUGGAGGGUGCCCGCGUGGUCUGAUCCGGCCACGGCGUCGCCUUCCGCGUGCGUGCCCCGGCCCGGCUGUCCCGUGUCAGCUGAUCGUGUGGCGCUGAUCAGCUCUGUCCCGACGUCGCGCGCGGCGACCGUGCAAUCAACUUGAGUUCGUUGGACAAUAGCGUCUUGUCCCGUAGCAAUCUAUCCCAGUGUACUACCGGUGCAGUGGUGCCACUAGCUAGCAACGUUUUCUUUUUGCUUCUCUCGCGAUCUGCUUUUCUGAUGAA